AUGGAGGCUCCCCAUAUCAUCGUGGGUACCCCUGGCCGUGUGUUUGAUAUGCUUAACUGGAGAUACCUGUCUCCCAAAUACAUCAAGAUGUUUGUACUGGACAAAGCUGAUGAAAUGUUAAGCUGUGGAUUCAAGGACCAGAUCUAUGACAUAUUCCAAAAGCUCCACAGCAACACCCAGGUAGUUUUGCCGUCAGCUACGAUGCCUUCUGAUGUGCUUGAGGUGACCAAGAAGUUCAUGAGGGACCCCAUUCGGAUUCUUGUCAAGAAGGAAGAGUUGACCCUGGAGGGUAUCCGCCAAUUCUACAUCAACGUAGAACGAGAAGAGGGGAAGCUGGACACACUGCGUGACUUGUAUGAAACCCUGAGCAUCACCCAGGCAGUCGUCUUCCUCAACACCCGAAGGAAGGUGGACUGGCUCACCGAGAAGAUGCAUGCUGGGGAUUUCACUGUCUCGGCCAUGCGUGGAGAUACGGACCAAAAAGAACGAGACGCGAUCAUGAGGGAGUUUGGUUCUGGCUCUAGCAGAGUUUUGAUUACCACUGACCUGCUGGCCAGAGCCAUUGAUGUGCAGCAGGUUCCUUUAGUCAUCAACUACGACCUUCCCACCGACAGGGAAAAUUUCCACAGAACGAGCCGAGGUGGACAGUUUGGCCGUAAAGGUGUGGCUAUUCAAGUGGUGACAGAAGAAGACAAGAGGACUCUUCGAGACAUCGAGACCUUCUACAACACCUCCAUGAGGAAAUGCGCCUCAGUGUUGCUGACCUCUCCUGAGGGGCUGUCCUGCUUCCUAGCCCCAGCCAGAGUUCAAUCUUGA